UAGUACAAAAAAGUUAAAAGUGUAAAUGUGCAUUAUGACUAUGAUAUAUACAUUAUCUCACAAUUCACAUAAACAAUUCAGAAAGUAUUUCGCACCCAAGCUAUUAUGGCGAUUAAUCCCAGGUAGAGCAAGCGCUAAGAAGAAAGCUGAAAGUGUGGCCCAAAUUGCUGCAGAAUCACUAUGGGGGAAAUGGAUGGAGGAGAAAACAUUGGAGUUUCACAAGAAUGCUAUUGAAUCUGCAACAAGGGAAAGUAGCGAUGAACCUCAUGAUGAUAGUUAUCAGGAUGAAUCCUGCUCUAGAUUGGAAACUGAACACGAUUUGCGGGUUUAGAGUUAUAUUCGAUUUCUUUAAAUACUUUUAUACUGUGACAAACUUCCUUGGCAAAUAAAUUUUUUUAUUGAAAA